UGUCGUAUAGAGUUAAUGAUGGACCGUGGGUGUCCACGGUCACCUAUAUAUAAAGCAGUUUAAGUAAAUAAAUGUAGUGCAGAGAUGGCUUCCAGAUUAGUGGUUGUGUUGUUCGCUAGCCUUUUAGUAGCAGGAGAUGGAGCGGCGCCGAAAGAUCCCUGCUUCAACUACGACAACACUCCAAAGGCCGACAAAGGUGACAAGUUGGACAUUAUGGAAACUGGACUAGCAUGGCACAGACCUCAGUCGGCUUCCUCCCGUGUGGAGGAGGAACUCAUACAAAAGAGUACCAGAGCCCUCGCCACUACCACCGACCCGCUGGAAAAGUUACGUCUGCUAUGCCUGUCUCGUGGUGCUUCAGGAAUUAUGGGACUUUCGAGAAUCUUUCGCCGCAUGGACGAUGAUGGUAGCAAGCAGCUAAACAAAGAAGAGUUUCUUAACGGCAUUAAGGAAACAGGAUUGGAGCUAAGCAAAGAGGAUGCAGAAGAGCUGUUUAAGAAAUUCGACACCGACAACAGCGGUUCGAUCAGCCUCGACGAGUUCCUCAUUCAGAUACGGCCACCAAUGUCGGAAUCCCGUCGAGCAAUAGUGGAGCAGGCUUUUAAGAAGUUGGACAAGACCGGAGAUGGCUCUAUCACUAUAGACGACAUCCGCGGAGUGUACUCUGUCACAGCGCAUCCCAGGUACAUGAGCGGAGAAGAAACUGCUGAAGUAAUAUUAAACAAAUUCCUCGCUAACUUUGAAUCGGAAGGCUCGAUCGAUGGAAAGGUAACUCUGGAGGAGUUUAUGAACUACUACAGCGGCAUCAGCGUAUCAAUCGACAAUGACUGCUACUUCGACCUGAUGAUGCGUCAAGCGUACAAGCUCUAAACGGAUAUUCAACUAAUUCACUAUUGCACAUAACAGGCAAAAUUGUGCACUAAAUAUCUAAUGUUUCGUAAUGUUGAUAUUAUUAUAAUUAUAUAGUUUAUUUAAUAAAUUAUUAACGUGUGGUAUGUUAAUUCAAUUAAAUAUUUUAACAUUAUAAA